AAGGCGGCCCGAGUCGGGUUACAAGAUGGCGGCGGCGCUGUGGUAGCUGCCGAGGCGGAGCGGCGCCAGCGAGGCCCGGGCCGGGGCGCGGCGGCGCCGACCCGCCAUGGACAGCGGCGCGGUGCAGGCCCCGCGCUGCCCCUGAGCGGCCCGGCCGCCCCGCUUGCUCCCCGCCGCCCUCGUCCCAUCGCCCCCGCGGAGGCGGAGCGGGCCCGGGGCUGCACCAUGUCGGACACCCGCCGGCGGGUGAAGGUCUACACGCUCAACGAGGAUCGGCAAUGGGACGACAGGGGCACCGGGCACGUCUCCUCCAGCUACGUGGAGCGGCUGAAGGGGAUGUCGCUGCUGGUGCGCGCCGAGUCGGACGGUUCACUACUGUUAGAAUCGAAGAUAAAUCCAAAUACUGCAUAUCAAAAACAGCAGGACACCCUGAUUGUUUGGUCAGAAGCAGAGAACUAUGAUUUAGCACUGAGUUUUCAAGAAAAAGCUGGCUGUGAUGAGAUUUGGGAAAAAAUCUGCCAGGUUCAGGGCAAGGAUCCCUCGGUGGAAGUCACACAGGACCUUAUUGAGUCGGAAGAGGAGCACAUAGAGGAGAUGCCUGAAACCAGUCCCUUGAUCGACCUUCCCACUUGUGAACUCAACAAACUUGAAGAGAUCGCCGACCUCGUUACCUCUGUCCUCUCCUCGCCCAUCCGCAGGGAAAAGCUGGCCCUGGCCCUGGAGAACGAGGGCUACAUCAAAAAACUGCUGCAGCUUUUCCAAGUGUGCGAGAACCUGGAGAACACGGAGGGCUUGCACCACUUGUACGAGAUCAUCCGGGGCAUUUUGUUCCUCAACAAAGCGACUCUGUUCGAGGUGAUGUUCUCUGACGAGUGCAUCAUGGAUGUGGUGGGGUGCCUGGAGUAUGACCCUUCUUUGGCUCAGCCCAAGCGGCACAGGGAGUUCUUGACCAAAACGGCAAAAUUUAAGGAGGUUAUUCCUAUCACAGACUCUGAACUCAGGCAAAAAAUCCACCAGACUUACAGGGUACAGUAUAUUCAGGACAUCAUCUUGCCGACGCCAUCUGUUUUUGAAGAGAAUUUUCUUUCUACCCUCACUUCCUUUAUUUUCUUCAACAAAGUUGAGAUUGUCAGUAUGUUGCAGGAAGACGAGAAGUUUCUGUCUGAAGUUUUUGCACAAUUAACAGAUGAAGCUACAGAUGAUGACAAACGGUGUGAACUGGUGAACUUUUUCAAGGAGUUCUGCGCCUUCUCUCAGACGUUACAACCUCAGAACAGAGACGCGUUUUUCAAAACUUUGGCCAAGUUGGGAAUUCUUCCAGCUCUUGAAAUUGUCAUGGGAAUGGAUGAUCUGCAAGUUAGAUCUGCUGCUACAGAUAUAUUUUCUUAUCUGGUAGAAUUUAGCCCAUCCAUGGUCCGAGAAUUUGUAAUGCAAGAGGCCCAGCAGAGUGAUGAUGACAUCCUCCUCAUCAACGUGGUCAUCGAGCAGAUGAUCUGUGACACUGACCCGGAGCUGGGGGGAGCUGUGCAGCUCAUGGGGCUGCUGAGGACCCUCAUCGACCCCGAGAACAUGCUGGCCACAGCCAAUAAAACAGAGAAAAGUGAGUUUCUCAACUUCUUCUACAACCAUUGCAUGCACGUGCUGACGGCGCCGCUGCUGGCCAACACGGCCCAGGAGAAGGGGGAGAAAGAUGCAGUAGUUGGAUCCACUAAGAGUAAUACAAUUUGUCCUGAUAAUUAUCAAACGGCACAACUACUUGCCUUAAUUCUGGAGCUGCUUACUUUUUGUGUGGAGCAUCACACAUAUCACAUCAAGAACUACAUCAUGAACAAAGAUUUGCUGAGAAGAGUCCUGGUCUUGAUGAAUUCCAAACACACCUUCCUGGCCUUGUGUGCUCUUCGCUUCAUGAGGAGGAUAAUUGGGCUGAAGGAUGAGUUCUACAACCGUUACAUCACCAAGGGAAACCUCUUUGAGCCCGUGAUCAACGCGCUGCUGGACAACGGCACCCGCUACAACCUGCUCAACUCUGCCGUCAUCGAGCUCUUUGAGUUCAUCCGGGUGGAAGACAUUAAGUCCCUUAUUGCACAUAUAGUUGAAAACUUCUACAAUGCACUUGAAUCUAUUGAAUAUGUUCAGACAUUCAAGGGACUGAAGACGAAGUACGAGCAAGAAAAAGACCGACAGACCCAGAAGCUGAACAGUGUCCCCUCCAUCCUGCGCAGCAACAGGUUCCGCAGGGACGCCCGAGCCUUGGAGGAGGACGAGGAGAUGUGGUUCAACGAGGAUGAGGAGGAAGAAGGAGAAGCUGUUGUCCCUCCAGUCGAGAAGUCAAAGCAGGAGGAUGAUUUCCCAGAUAGCUAUGAAAAAUUUAUGGAGACUAAAAAAGCUAAGGAGAGCGAAGACAAAGAGAAUCUUCCAAAAAGGACUUCAGCUGGGGGAUUCAAAUUCACUUUUUCCCACUCAGCCAGCGCAGCCAACGGUGCCAACGGUGCCAACAGUAAAUCGGUGGCAGCUCAGACGUCCCCGGCGAGCUCCAACGGCUCCUCCUCCAAGAGCACGGCCCUGGCCCCGGCAGUGACGGCCCCCAAGGGAAGUCUAGUUGGCCUAGUGGAUUAUCCUGAUGAUGAAGAUGAUGAUGAAGAGGAGGAGACAUCUCCAAGGAAAAGACCUCGUCUGGGUUCAUAAAAGAAACCAAAACUUUGGAAUAAGAACUUUUCCUACGGGGUUUCAAAUGCUGCAACUGUUUCAAGAGCUAAAAAGAGUCUGAUUCAGAAAGCUUUCUCCCAUGAGUAAAUACGAUAAUACGAGGAGUAGCAAAAGAAACUCGGUGUAUCAGCUAGAAAGGGUUAGUUCUGUAAACACAAAGCUUCCAAGGAACUUAAUGUCUUUCUAGAGAGUAAGGAGUCUGCCAUUCAGGCUGUCAAAAAAAUGAAAAAUGGAAAAAAAAAAAAAAAGUGGGUUAGUAUUCUCAGAACCUGGAUGAUGGCUUCUCAGCAAGGAAAGUCUCAGGUGUUGGGAGGGCAGGGGGAGGGAAAGGUAUGGUAAUACUUUUUUUAAAAUAUAUUGCAGGGUUUCCCCAGUGUUUAACAGAACUAGGAAAAAAAAAAAUAAAAGUCGAGCUUAAAUUUUGAACCCAGUAAUCUUAAUUUUGUAAUGGUGCUGUCAGUUGUGUUCUUUUAGCAAUGCCUCUUUUUAAAAACAAUUUUAAGGGAAAACUAACUCUGUUUGCAUAAGAACAAUCCAUGUUUUGGGACCAUUUCUUACCAACUAAAUGACAUUUCUCAUGGUUGGAGGGAGGGAGGCUGCAGUUCCAGUGCACGUGGAGUUGGUCGAACAGUUCAGGGGAGCUUUGAUCUCUGUUUCCCCAGAGGAGAGAACGAAGCUGGAUCCAGAGUGGGAGGUUUGGCUUGGCUUUUUGGGCUAGAUAGUAUCAGUAAUAUCAAUGCCAAGGAGCAAAAGCUUCCCCAGUGUCUGCAGGAGCUGCUUGGUGCUGUCCAUGGCACAGCCCAGAACUGCUGGCUUCGAGGUGGGCGAGGUCCCGAAUUCCAGCCGCGCUCCCCGUCGCUCCAAGAGCUGCCUCAGCUGGAGCAGCCCCUGUGUGUGAGUUCACGUUGCAGGACUGAGGUGGGAAUGAGAAACACUAACAGGCUUCUCCUCGGGAGGAAUUAGAGCAGCAGGUCAACACCCAGGUCAGUGUGGACCAAGCUGGAAUUAUUGCCAAGAGAACACCGGGAUCUGGGGCGGGAUCAACAAGCAGCACCUGAACCUGGGUGGGACAGAAGCUGCUUUUUUAACAAACAAAAGCACAUUCCACGUAGGUGACAGGGAGAGGGCAGUUGGGGGAGGCAAACAGUCCAGGUUUUAUUUUGCAGAGCAGCACGUGAACUGUAAAUAUUUUAAUGUUAGUUUGCCCAUUGUGAUCCGAGAUCAUGGCAGAGCGAGAGGAAAUUUCCCAAGUGUUAAAGGAUGGAACCAGCUGCAAUCCACCACAUAGGUCACUCUUGUAAUACGUGUUAUGGGUCCAUUUCUCCUGGAAUAGUUUAAACUGAAGCAGUUUCUCUGUUUUGGAGAUUUUUUUUUUUUUUGUAGUUUUAAUUUUAGCUCUUGUUUGGAAAAAGAUGGGCUGUCUGUGUAGAUAUGAAGUAUAGUUUUUUUCCAUAAAACAGAAGUUUAUUUUGUAUUAAAGAUACCACUGUACUUGUUUUACACCAUUUGUAUACAUGUGGUGAUAUUAAUGCCGAACUGUAAAAUUCAGGAAUUAAAAUGUGACCCUGUAAUUCCAUAA